AACGCCACUCAUGCAGCAGCGGAUCCAGAAACACUGCGCUCGUAAUACACCCUGAUAGGUUAUCAACAUUCGCAAAAUAUGUCUACCAUGACGCACAGAUCUGGUCUGGUGAGGACAUCAUUUCGCUACGACCUGCGGCUUACCCUCCAUUCUGGGGCGUAACUCUGGCCCAUCAAACUCUUCCCAAUCCGGCACACAGCCACUGUUAUCUUUUCCAGCUUUCCCCCAAUGUCUUCCCUAUUCCACUUUCCUUCACCCCUCCGGGGCCACAGGCCACCAUGAAUUCCUCCAAGCUUCUCGCAAAAUGGCCGUUGUCGUUCAUUGCCUUCGCCACCACUCUUUCUUUCUGUCUCCUCCUCUUCCGCCCAACAUCCCUCCCGCAGCGCUACCAUGAGUACAUCCCGCACCUCACCUCCGCCCGCACCGCCGACAUCCCAAACAUCGUGCACUACACCUACCUCAAGAAAGAUGCAAACUCGACCCUGCACUUUAGCUUCCAGGACUACCUCUCCGUAUACGGCGCGAACCUCCUCUUCAAGCCCGAUGCAAUAUACCUACACACCGACCACAACGACACCUACAUUGCGACCGCCGCGCGCGAGGGCAAUACCUGGACGCGCGCGAUCCUGACGCAGUUCUCCUCCGUCCUGCGCAUAAACCACGUCGACGUGCCCACGACCGCGAACAACAAGACAAUCAAGAACAUCGAGGCAAAGUCAGACUUUGUCCGCUGGGAGCAGAUGCUGGCUUUCGGCGGCAUCUACAUGGACUGGGACGUGCUGCCCCUGCGCGACGUGGCUCCGUUGCGUCAUCUUAAUUUUCGCAAUGUGGUCGGCCGGCAACCAGGCGGCGCCGUGAACUCCGGGCUCGCGCUGUGCGCGAAGGGGAGCAAGCUGGCGUAUCUGAUGGCGCGCGACGGGCCGCGCGUGUUCGACGGCGGCUGGGGCACGCACGCUGUGGAUCUCAUCACACAUCUCUCUGACCGGCUUGUCGGCGUCGAAAAUGAGGUGCUCAUCCUGGAUGAGAAGGCGUGGGCGCCCACCUCCUGGGUGGCAGACUCGUUCGAUCGCCUGUUCAAGCCGCACGAGGACGCGACGCCGUUCGGCGACGAAGUCGUUGGACAGGAUCGAGAGCAGGAUGCCGUGGAGAGAUGGAAUGCGAAGCCGAAUUUCGGAAAGGUGGAUAAGACUGCGUGGGAGAUGGAUUUCUCGCCUACGUAUCUCCUGCAUGCAUUCAAGAGUCGGGAACAUAAGAAAGAGGGGUGGUAUUCGGAGUGGAAGGGGGUCACGGUGGAGUAUGUGAUGCGGCGGAAUAGCAACUUUGCGAGGGCGGCGUAUCCGCUAGUGAAGCGUAUGGUGGACGAAGGGUUGGUGCAGGAGACAAAUGAUGAGGUAUGAUAAGUGACCGGAGGGAGCCUUGAAAGGCCCAAGGAAACAUUCUUUAAUCGGAUUGGCGUCGCAUUAGAGUUGGGAAGCUUGCGGUCUCGACGCAUUCUUGUAUACCAUUUAGAGACGAGUUCAUAGCGAUGGUGUUUGGCGCGACGUCUUAUGAUUUCUUGUAAGGUUGAAGUUAAGAUUAGGCUACAUUUAAUAGUUUGCAUAGAUAGAGUAAAAAGCUUAUUCAUGACGCC